AUGUCCGCAUUCCACCCCGCGCUCAUCAUCGUCGACCUGCAAGAGGACUUUUGCCCCCCCUCCGGCUCCCUCGCCGUCCCCGACGCCCGCGCCAUCCUCCCCAUCGUCGACGCCCUCCUCGCCCUGCCCUUCCCCGUCAAGAUCGCCACGCGCGACUUCCACCCCGCCGACCACGUCUCCUUUGCCCGGCAGCACCCCGGCGCCGCCCCCUUCACCUCCUCCCACACCAUCACCCACCCGACCACCGGCGCCUCCUACACCACCACGCUGUGGCCGCCGCACUGCGUCGCCGGCACCCCCGGCGCGCAGCUGGUCCUGGAUCCCGUGCCUGAAGGCGUCCGCGUGGUGGACAAGGGGCGCCGCGCGGAUAGGGAGAUGUACUCGGCCUUCUGCGACCCCUUUGGGGAGUCGGAUAGUGGGCUGAAGGACUUGCUGCGCGGCGAGGCGGUGACGGACGUGUACGUGGUCGGGCUGACGUUCGACUACUGCGUCCGCGCGACGGCCGAGCAUGCCGCGCAGCUCGGCUUCCGCACUGUAGUCCUCGGCGACGCGACAAGAGCCGUGUUCCCGGAUAAAUGGGACGAGGUUGUCGAGGCCCUCAGGGGCCAGGGCGUCGACGUGGUCAACUCCGCGUCGCCAGCUGUCGACAAGGUCCGGGCACUCUCGUCGCAAAUACAAAAUGCAGAGACUGCCACUGCAAUAGACAAGGGUAUAGAACAAUAA